UCUCGAAUAAAAUACUUAAAAAUUGUUUAACAUGGAAACUCAAUAUUUGUAUCAAGUGGGCAUAUUAAUGGUCCUAAGUACAUUGUAUGUAAUACAGGCGGAUCAAACAAUAGCAAUUAACAAACGCAUUAUAUCAGGCACACAGGCGGCACAAGGCCAAUUUCCUUGGCAGGUUAUUUUAAAGGUAGAUGAAUCAGAUGUAUUAUUGUGUGGUGGUUCUAUUAUAUCUGAUAGCUGGGUAUUAACCGCCGCUCACUGUACUUAUGGCUUACAAUCUGUUUUUCUGGUAUUUGGCACCAUUGAUCUAUUCAAUUAUGAAAUUAAUAUGACCUCCACAGCAUUCUUUAUGCAUCCUGAAUACAAUGAUUACAACUUUAGCAAUGAUAUUGCACUUAUUCAACUACCUCAAGCAUUAAAGUUUACCAGCAAUGUACAAGCCAUAGCUAUGGUAACUUCAUCACAAGCUGCAACUGGUUUUAUAGGCACUCAAGCCACCAUUACUGGAUUUGGUCGGACAGGCGAUGCCUCCCCGAAUAGUUCUAGUGUGUUAUUAUGGGCUCAUUUGCAAGUUGUCGAUAAUAGUAUUUGUUUAAAUACUUUUGGCCCAGACUAUGUAAAGGAUACAAAUAUCUGUGGCAAUGCAGAGAACGAUUCGAACACGUCAAUUUGCAAUGGCGAUUCGGGAGGUGCUUUAGUUUGGAAGAACGAAGCUAAUAGUUUUGUACAGAUUGGCAUCAAUUCGUUUAUGGCUGUCAACAAGUGCAGCGAAAAUUUCCCCUCGGGUUUUACUAGAUUAAGCUCGUAUUCGGGUUUUAUACAAAAUAUUACCGGUUUUGUAUUGAAUUAAUUGAAAUAAAAAGAACAGUUAAGUGGUACAUAAUAGAAUUCAUGAUGUUUGUGGCAGAAGUAAUAAAUUUUUAUUUAUGAAC